AUGACCCGCGCCAAUGCCGAGGCACUCGACAAGGGGCGCGAGCUGUACGAGAAGAACGACAGGAUGGGCGCGCUGCGUGCCUGGGAGGCCGGCAUGGCGUCCAAGGGUGCUUCCUCUGGGGAGAGGGGGGUGAUGGCCUACAAUGCGGCGUGCGUGCACGCCUACUUCGGCGACGUGGAGCCGGCGCAGGUGGCGAUGCGAGAGGCGGUGGGCCAAGGCCUGGACCUGCUGGCGGCGCUGGAGUCCGGGGACAAAAGGCUGGUGCAGCUCCAGGCCUCGCCCCAGGUGCAGCGCCAGUUGGAGAAGAGCGGCCCCAAGCCCAGCGGCGUUCUGGAGCGUGACGUCUCGGACAUGCUCAGCACCGACAUCCAGGGCAUCGACAAGAGCGUCCUGGGCAUAAUCCGGCGAGUGCUCAUCCUCGUGGCGGUGCUCAUCUUCUUUGGAGUGGGCCUGUUCUACCUGGGCUUGAAUUCGUCGCUGGGGCCGCAGUGA